AUGCAGUUAUUAUUUCAUUCAUAUAAAACCCGCACAAUUCUUCAAACCCUAACAAUUUUCACUGAACCUCCGCAAUUAGAAACCCUAACUCUCUUCAUCUUCAAUGAAGCUUCCGCGAAAAUCCAAAUCAACCGAACCACCACCACCACCGAUGGCGCCACCAUCAGGGGAUCCUCCGUCGGAACCACCUAAACGGAGAGGUCGACCGCGGAAACAGAGAAGAAAAGAGAAAGAAACUGUAACCGUUGAAUUGAAGAAGCCUAUUGUAUUGAUUGGACGAUACGUUUUGAAAGAGUUUUCAGAACGCGUUGAUCAAAUCGGAAAAGUUUUGAGUUACAAAAUCGGUUUAUACAGAGUCGACUACGAGAACGGUGAUUUUGAGGAUUUGGAUAGUAGUGCUAUUCGUAGAAUUCUCAUUGAGGAUUGCGAUUUUGACGACGAUUUGAUUCGACGGAAGAAUGAAUUGGAUCAAUCGUUGUUGAAUAAGAUUAUUGAAGAAUCGAGUGAAUUGAAUGUGGAAGAUCAAGAGGAAUCACAAGAUGUGAUGGACGAUGAUUCUAGGGAUUCCUGUUCUGAUGCUGAGACGCCGGUUGAAUUGCCUGUGGCAUUAGAAUUGCCGCCACCGUUAGAGUUGCCGCCGUCUUCUGGAACUAUUGGUGUGCCAGAGAAGUAUGUUUCGUACUUGUUUUCGGUAUAUGGAUUCUUACGCUCGUUCAGUAUUCAAUUGUUUCUUUAUCCGUUUAGUUUGGAUGAUUUCGUCGGUGCCCUUAACUGUCGGGUUCCUAAUACGCUGCUUGAUGCUGUUCAUAAUUCUUUAAUGCGUGCUUUGAGACGUCAUCUUGAACAUCUUGCAUUUGAGGGAUCGAAGAUUGCAUCGAGAUGCCUAAGGUGCAGUGAAUGGAGCUUGCUUGAUACAUUGACGUGGCCUGUUUUCUUAAUUGAAUAUUUAGCAGUUAAUGGAUACAUUAAGGGGUCUGAGUGGAAAGGAUUCUAUGACGAGAUUUUUAACGGCGAUUAUUAUUCAUUGCCUGCAAGUAGGAAGUUAGUAAUAUUGCAAAUUCUUUGCGAGGAUGUUUUGGAGUCUGAGGAGCUUAAAGCGGAAAUGAACAUGCGUGAAGAGUCAGAGGUCGGGAAGAAUUCUGAUGUUGAGGACAGUCCUCCUGUUAAAAAUGGGCUGAAAAGAGUCCAUCGACGAUAUGCCAAAACUACCGAUUUCCAGGAUGAAGAACCUACAAAGUUUGUUUCAAAAUUAGAUGCUGUGAACUUAUCUGCUAAUUCUGAGGACGAGGUUGACAAGAAUGGAGAUGAAUGUCGCCUCUGUAGCAUGGAUGGGACCUUGCUUUGUUGUGAUGGAUGUCCUGCUGCUUAUCAUUCAAGGUGUAUUGGUGUGAUGAAGAUGUAUAUACCAGAAGGGCCAUGGCAUUGUCCAGAAUGCAAAAUAAAUAUGAUUGGGCCAACAAUUGCACGUGGAACAUCUCUUAAAGGGGCUGAAAUAUUUGGAAAUGAUUUGUACGGGCAGCUUUUCCUGGGUACUUGCGACCACUUACUUGUGCUAAAUUUCAACAGUUCCGAGUUUUGUCAUAAGUACUACAAUCAGAAUGACAUUCAUAAAGUUAUUCAAGUGCUUUAUGCUUCUGUGCAACAUAGACAAGUGUACUCCGGUAUUUGCAUGGCGAUGUUACAGUACUGGAAUAUUCCAGAAAGCUCUUCACACCUAUGUGUUCCAAACGGAACACAUCUAAGCUCAAGUUCAAAGAUAGAUGAAAAUGACCAUAAAGGAUUUACCUUGGGGAAAGCAGAAUAUGGUCCGGAUUUUGUUGUUUCAACUAUUAACCACCAGUCUGACAUGAGUUGCCCAAAUCCUGAUAACAAGUCAACUGCAUCCAUUUCUUCCAAGUGCUCCUUGGUAAGCAACCAAUUUAUUAAUUAUGGGAAUGCAAAUGACACUAGUUUGCCAUUGCAAACUAACGGUGACCAGACUGGCUUUGGAAAGUGCAAAGGAAAUAUCACUAGUAAUUUUGUGUAUAUGGGUUGCUCCUAUAAACCUCAGUCAUACAUUAAUAACUAUAUGCAUGGUGAUUUUUCUGCAUCUGCUGCUGCUAAUUUGGCCAUUGUUUCUUCAGAGGAUUCUAGAUCAGAGGGUCAUGUGUUUGACUUGAAGAAAGCUACACCUGACAACCCUAACUUGGUAGCAAAAGCAUUCUCACUAACAGCUUCACGCUUCUUUUGGCCAAAUUCUGACAAGAAGCUUGGGGAGGUUAUAAGAGAGAGGUGCAGCUGGUGCCUUUCUUGUAAAGCCAUUGUUUCAAGCAAGAAAGGGUGCAUGUUAAAUCAUGCUGCUAUAUAUGCUAUCAAAAGCGCUGCAAAAAUACUUUCUGGUCUUGCUCCUGUAAGGAGUGGAGAAGGAAUUAGCCCCAGUAUUUCAACAUAUGUUAUAUAUUUGGAGGAAAGUUUACAUGGUUUAGUAGAUGGGCCCUUUCUUAGUGAAAACUAUAGAAAGCUAUGGCGGAAACAAAUGGAAAGGGCCACAUCAUUUAGUAACAUAAAGCCACUUUUACUUAUAUUUGAGGAGAACAUUCGCACAAUUGCUUUUUGUGGCGACUGGGUGAAGCUGACGGAUGGGUGGUUGGUUGAAUCUCUCACAAUCCACAGUGAUACAUCCACCCUUGGAACAACACAGGAGCGUGCAUCAUGCGACAGAUGUAGAAAACAAUUACCAAUCAAAUAUACAGUCAACAAAUGCCGUGAAAACUUUGGCUGGUGGAAUGGCAAAUUUACCAAAUCUGUAUUUCAGAAAGCUGCAUUGCCAAAGUUCUUGGUCAGAAAAGCAGCUCGGCAAGGUGGUUUGAGGAAAAUUUUGGGCAUUGUCUAUCCUGAUGUCUCUGAAAUUCCUAAAAGAAGCCGACAGCUGGUUUGGAGAGCUUCCGUUGAAAUGAGUAGAAAUGCAUCACAGCUUGCACUUCAGGUUCGAUAUCUGGAUUUUUACAUCAGAUGGAUUGAUCUGAUUCGGCCGGAGUAUAACCUCCAGGAUGGAAAAGGUCAAGAUACUGAAGUGUCUGCUUUUAGAAAUGCAAAUAUUUAUGACAAAAAGUUUGCAAAGGGGAAAACAUCCUAUGCCAUAGCUUUUGGGAGCCAAAAGCAUAUUUCUUCUCGGGUAAGGAAGAUUGCUGAAAUAGAAGAAGUGCCAGAAGGAGAGAAGUUAUGGUUUUCUGAAACUCGCAUUCCUUUAUAUCUGGUAAAAGAGUAUGAAGUAAGAAACAAAAAAGAGCCAUCUCAUAAAGAUAACUUGAAUAUCGCAUCUCAAUGGCACAAAAGGCAGUUGAAUGCUAUCUGGAAGGACAUAUUUUCUUACCUCACGUGCAAGAGAGACAAUUUGGACUUGUUAUCAUGUUCUGUAUGUAAGCAGUGCGUUUCAUUUAGGAGUGCUCUCAAGUGCAGUGUAUGUAAAGGUCAUUGUCAUGAGGGCUGUUCAAUAGAUUCAACAUUCUCUACCUAUACAGAUGUUGAGUUCUUGACCAUAUGCAAACAAUGUUAUCAUGCCAGAUUACCUACUCAAAAAGAGACCAUUAACAAAUCUCCAAACAGUACCGUACUUUUAAAAGGGCGUUCUUUGACAAUUUUGAAGGAACCGGUGCCUAAAUUUGAUGAUGAAAUACCGAGAUCUACCAGGGAAAAUGAUUGUCGUCCCGACAUGGAAAAAGUUGCUUCCCAUUCCCCUCUUGAAACAAAAAGUAGUUGCCGAAUAUCCCCACUGGAAACUAAAAGCAGUGGCAAAAAAUCCUCUUGGGGUAUUAUAUGGAAAAAGAAUAACAAUGAAAAUACAGGCAUUGAUUUCAGGCUAAAAAAAGUACUUCUGAAGCGACGUUCAAGCUUGCCUCAAUUGGAACCCGUUUGUCACUUGUGCCAUAAGCCAUAUAGAUCUGAUCUAAUGUAUAUAGGCUGUGAAUCAUGUACCCGGUGGUAUCAUGCUGAAGCUCUUGAACUUGAAGAGUCCAAAAUAUUUUCUAUGCUGGGCUUCAAAUGUUGCAGAUGUCGGAAGAUAAAGUCACCCGUGUGUCCUUACUCUGAUUUGGUGCGCAAGGAGCAUGUUGUAGAGCAGUCUGGCUCACGGGCUUCCAAGAGGAAGCGUUCUGGAGCAGAUUCUAGUUCUGAAACAGUAGCUGACCUUAGAGCAUGUGAGCCUGCUAGUCCGGUUUUUCCCUCAGAGGCUGUUUCUAAAGAAGAGAACAACCCUUUUCCGUUUUCUCUUUCAAAUGUUGAACUGAUUACAAAACCCAAGUUAGAGUUAAAUGCAGAGAAGUCACACUCACAGGCUUCGAAGAAAAACCAUUCUGGAGAAGGUUCUGGUUCUGGAACACUGGCUGACACAAGAGCAAGUGAGUUUACUACUCCUAUCUUUCCUGCUGAGGAUGUUUUUAAACCAGAGAACAAUCCACUGCCAUUUUCUCUUUCAGAUAUCGAACUGAUUACAGAUCCCAAGUUAAAGUUAGAUGCUGGGAAGUCACAUUCACAGGCUUCCAAGAAAAACCAUUCUGGAGCAGAUUCUGGACCACUGGCUGACACAAGAGUAAGUGAGCCUGCUACUCCUAUCUUUCCUACAAAGGAUGUUUCUAAAACAGAGAACAAUCCUCCGCCGUUUUCUCUUUCAGACGUUGAACUGAUUACAGAACCCGAGUUAGAUGCAGGCUUUGAGCGUAACACCAUCUCUGGGUCAGGGCUUCAGAAAAUACAAACGACAAGGCAUUUUAAACCUGAGGGGGACAAUAAUAGCUCUUUUGGGGGUGAAGUUUGGCAUGCUGAAAUUUCAACACGAGAUGAAAUGGGUAAUCUGCCUGCAGAGGUUUUAUCACCUUUCAUAGAACAGGACUUUGUCUUUGCUGACUGCAAUCUUCUUAGUGACUUUGACAUUGUUGAUAAUGAAUACAUGGACUUUGAAUCAGAAACCCAUUUCUCUUCUUCUGAAUUUCUGCAUCUAGAUAGCAGUAGUCACUUUGAGGAAGCUGACACGUUUGGGGACUUGUCAGGGUUUGUAAAAAAUUCUUGCACGCUAGGUGUUCUUGAAGAAUGUGCAACUACUAGUUUACAGAACAAUCAGAGUCCUACAAUUUCAUCAAAUGGUAAUGUUCACAAUUGUUGGCAAUGUUCACAAACAGAACCAGCCCCCGAUCUCUCUUGUCAGAUUUGUCGGAUGUGGAUUCACAGUAAUUGCUCACCCUGGAUUGAAUCAUCAUCUAGGCUUGGAGAUUGGAAGUGCGGGAAUUGCAGGGAAUGGCAAUAGCUGAACUAGUCAUCAUCCAAUCACAUAAUUUUAGCAGCAACCUUUCCAGAUGUCUCAAUGAAUAUGCACACGGAAUAGUUCAGGUGACAUGUAUAGACGAGUUGAAUCCUCUGCUGCCGAACUUGAGCAAAAUAUAUUAUGAGCUGGCAUGGUUUAAUAGAAUGCAAGGUGCUGUGAUUUUUCCUUUUACAUAUCAUCUCAGCUUCUCCAGUGCCUGCCGACCCAGUUUUUGAUCGAGUGAGCUGGCUUUCAACAUGAUUUCAUAUCCAUCAGUUUGGUUGAAUGCUCCAGAGCCUUAUUGGUUGAAUCAUACUCCCUAGUUUUCAUAUUGGAUUUUUUUGCCUCGUGACAUUGCAUGAGCAUGAUUUACAAAUUGCUCGUCGGGUGAUAAGCAGGUUUUUAUGUUGCUCAUCUGACUAUUUAUUUGCACAGAUUAAUAUUUUUCAAAUUUUUCCAGUCAGCCAAAAUUGAAACCUUAACCUCUUAUCCAAGGUUUUUUGUUUGUACCGCUCAAUUCAAAAAGUAUAGCACACCGCAAGUGCUUAGGAACUAGAAUAUUCAGUACUUUGAUAUUUACUUUUUUACAAAAAUUAAUGUUCAUAAUUUGUUAA